AGAGAGAAGCUGGAAAAGGAGCAGAGAGAGCGGAAGGAGAAGGCGAGGCUGAAAGUCGAGAGGGAGAGGAAGGCCAAAGAGGAGGCCAAGAAGCAAAGGGACGCCAUUGAAGCCGCUCAGAGAUCCAGACGCCUUGAUGCCAUUGAAGCCCAGCUCAAGGCUGAUCAACAAACACAAGAAAGCUUACUUUCUGGGAGGGGAAUUGUUUUUUAUCGUCUUCUGGAAGCUGCACCAUAUCAGGGUAAUGGAGAUAAGAUCAAAUUGCCACCGUCUUGCUUCCAGGAAUUGUCUGAUCAAGGGGCUUUUGAUAAGGGACCUCUGUACUUCCAUCUGUCUUCACUUAAUAAAGAGGGUUCUUCAAAUGUCAGUGCUGGUGAAAAUUGCCGGACCACUCAUUCAGGUGUUUUGGAGUUCACAGCAGAAGAAGGUUCUGUUGGGCUUCCUCCUCACGUGUGGCAGAAUUUAUUUGCAACAGAUACAACAAAGACUCAUCUGAUUGAAGUUCGUUAUGCUUGGCUGCCAAAAGGAACUUAUGCCAAACUUCAACCUGAUAGAAUUGGCUUUUCAGACUUGCCCAAUCACAAGGCUAUCCUUGAGACCAGCCUUCGGCAGCAUGCAACCCUUUCUCAAGAUGACAUAUUCACAGUCAAUUAUGGGGAGCUCACUUACAAGCUACGCGUACUUGAGUUAAAACCUUCUUCAAGUGUAUCUGUCCUAGAGACUGAUGUUGAAGUUGACAUAGUUGGUCCUGACUCAGCUGCAGAGAAAACAGAGCAGCAUGUCUUAAAACCACUCACAUUUGGAAAACCAGAAUCUGGCAUAGUUGAUGAAGGAAAUUAUGUGUAUUACAAAUUUUCAGUGGACAAUGAUACUUGGGAGAAAGUCUCUUCGGGGGCUGCCCGACUUGAGGUAAGGAUAGAAGCAGAGACUGAUGGUGGAGACACUGAUCUCUACGUAUCCAGGCAUCCUCUCAUAUUCCCAACUCAACACCAACAUGAAUGGUCUUCCUAUGACAUUGGUUCAAAGGCCCUGAUCCUUGGUUCUACAGAUAAGAACUUUACAGUGGGUAAUUAUAGUAUUGGCAUUUAUGGCUUUAAGGGUAAAAGUAAGUACCAUGUAUCAGUGAGCAUUCAGGAUGACUGUAACCGUACGGUUGGUCAACAAACUGUGUCGUCCUCUUCAUCUAUGGAGGUGGAUACUGCAGAGUGUAAGAAUUGCAAGCGUCAUAUACCGAUACGGACUAUAGCAUUGCACGAAGCCUAUUGUAGCAGACACAAUGUUGUUUGUAAGCAUGCAGGAUGUGGAGUUGUUCUUAGGGUUGAAGAGGCCAAGAAUCACGUGCAUUGUGAUAAAUGUGGGCAAGCUUUUCAGCGGGGAGAAAUGGAAAAGCACAUGAAAGUUUUCCACGAGCCACUUCGCUGCCCCUGUGGUGUAGUCCUCGAGAAGGAAUAUAUGGUGCAACACCAAGCCUCAGCUUGUCCCUUGCGUCUGAUUGUGUGUAGAUUUUGUGGGGACAUGGUUCAAGCAGGAAGUUCUGCUCCAGAUGCUCGGGACAGAUUGAGAGGAUUGACCGAGCAUGAAAGCAUUUGCGGAUCAAGAACCGUUCCAUGUGAUUCAUGUGGUCGCUCCGUCAUGUUGAAGGAUAUGGACAUCCACCAGAUCGCCGUCCAUCAAAGGAACUAAUGCAACGUGGAUGCCAAAGAACGCCUUUUCUUUUGUGGUACUUGCUGGUAGGAGCAAUGCAGAGCAGUCAUCAGAUAUAUCUGGCCGAAGAAGGGUAUGGGAGCAGUAUGGGAGGAGUUGCUGUUGUGAUUUGAGUGUGGUACUGUCAAAAAAAAAAAAAAAGAGUUGUGUAAUUAAUUGUUUGUGCAUCUGAAAGAGGCAAUCCUAUGCCUCUCCGUGCACCGUUUAUUUAAUUUGAUAUAUAAUACAAUAUUUGCCAGGUUGGUUCGAUGGA